ACUUUAUGCUUUUACGCAUGCGCGAAAAAAUCCCUCCAUUUGAUACCACUUGAUCGUAUAUCUAUUCUUUGCAGAGACAAAUAUAGGCGAAUAUAAUAAUAUGGUACAACAAUUGCAAAAUCGUAAUCAUUUUUACUCUUGUGUAAACAUGUAUAAUUAUUAACCCAAGUGACAGGUGACAUAAAGGAGGAUCAUAAUUCAGUUGAUUGUUCUUUCUUUUAAUGAACUAUUUAUAGGAGGUGCAACAGUUUUAAUAAAAAUAUAAUUUGAAUGAUUGCUAAAUUUUCUGCAAUGAUGAAGUUUUCAUAAUUAAAGGAAUUUUACCUUUAUAUGCAAUUAAGUGACAGCUGCAAAAAUGUCUGUAUUUUUCUUAAAUGCAAAUCAAGAUAGUGAAGUAGAGGGUGAUUCAAAUGGAGACCUGCAAAUUGCAUCACCGGGCAAUUCCGAGGCCCAACAAGCAUUGGCUCACUUCUGGCCAAAAGUUAUGGAAGAAAUAAAAAAUAUUACGACAAUGGAUCUUAAAACACAAUCUUUACCAUUGGCAAGGAUAAAGAAGAUUAUGAAAUUGGAUGGUGAUGUGAAGAUGAUAAGUGCAGAAGCUCCCAUGCUUUUUGCCAAAGCAGCAGAGAUUUUUAUACAUGAACUGACUCUCAGAGCUUGGGUGCAUACAGAGGAUAAUAAGAGAAGAACUCUUCAAAGGAACGAUAUUGCAAUGGCAGUUACAAAAUAUGAUCAAUUUGAUUUUCUCAUAGAUAUAGUACCUAGAGAUGAAAUCAAACAAAGCAAAGCACAGAAUGAAGCCACUGUACGUACAUCAAUGAACUCUGAUCAGGUUCAUUACUAUUUUCAAUUGGCGCAGCAACAAGCUUCGGCGAAUCAAGGUGUACAAAGCAGUGGCAAUACUACGCAACCUAUACAGAUUGUUCAACCUUCCAGUGGACAAAUUCAGACUAUCAAUAUUGGCAGUCCGGUAGAGCAGGAGACCAAUAAUACGAAUACAACCCAAACGGUUACGGUUCAAAAUCCGCAACAAACAUCUGGUCAACAAAUUAUACAAUUGCAACAAGCACAGCAAACACCCACCACUCAGACUGGUGGAAUACAAAUCGUGCAGCAAAUUGUCACUCCUAGUGGUGAAAUUCAACAAAUACCUAUUCAGUUGACUCCUCAGCAACUGCAGAUGAUUCGUAUGCAAGUACAAGGUGGAAGUAAUCAACCUAUAAUAAUUCAAACUGCUCCUAUUCAAACUCAACCACAAUUGAUACAAGUUGCGCAAGGUGCUCAAGCUCCAGUUUUCUUACAAACUGCCACCGCAGAUACUGAAUAAUAUUAAUAUUUUAGCUAUAUAUUAUAAGCCAUAUAAUAUAAGGCGAAGAAGUGUGGAUGACGAAAAUAUUGUUGUGUAAUUAGAAUUAUCAGACAAUUAAUGUUUAAAAUACACACACACAUACCUUUUUUUAUUAUUUUUAAAGCAACACAAAAUAAUGUCACAGAAAUUGAAUGAAUCGUCUGGUAAUUAUAAUUAUUCAACAAUUAAUUUAGAAUAAGUGUUUGUUGUGAUGAAAUAUGCAAAGCAUUUGAAACAACUAAAUUUUUAUUUGCACAAGGCCUUUUCACUUUUCAUGCUGUAUCUUCAAUCUCAUGUACUCUAAUUUUCCUAAUAUAAUUUUAUAGAAAAUUA